GAUUUAUUUGGUGUCAGCAUGGUUGUUCCUUUAUUGAGCCUUCAUGUCAAGUCCCUUGGAGCAAGUCCUGCAGUAGCUGGAAUAGUAGGUUCCUCCUAUGGCAUUUUGCAACUCUUUUCUAGCACAUUGGUGGGUUGCUGGAGUGAUGUGGUGGGAAGACGGUCCUCCUUGCUGGUGUGCAUUCUGCUAAGUGCCCUGGGUUAUCUCCUCCUUGGGAUGGCCACCAAUGUCUUCCUGUUUGCCCUGGCUAGGGUCCCUGUGGGUAUUUUUAAACACACCCUCUCCAUCUCCAGGGCUCUGCUUUCUGAUCUGGUUGCAGAGAAAGAACGGCCACUUGUACUGGGACAGUUCAAUACAGCCUCCGGCGUGGGCUUCAUCCUGGGCCCCAUGGUCGGGGGAUAUCUCACGGAGUUAGACGGUGGAUUCUAUCUCACAGCCCUCAUCUGUUUUUCUGUCUUCCUUCUCAAUGCUGGUCUCGUUUGGCUGUUUCCUUGGAGUGAAGCAAAACUCAGUGGUACAAAGAAUGGCCUGAGACUGGGCAGGAAGCCUGUGCUGCCGGGAGAGACCAACUAUGAAGUGCCGGAAGCAGCCCCCACUCCUGGGGCCUCAGAGAGUAAAGAGACUGCUCGGUGGCCCUGGGAAGAAGUCACAUGGGCCUUGCGGGACAUGAGGAGCCUGAUAUUCUCCGAAAUGUGGGACAUAUUCCUCGUGCGCUUGUUGAUGGCGGUGGCUGUCAUGCUGUACUAUAGCAACUUUGUCUUGGCCCUGGAGGAGCGCUUUGGGGUGCGGCCCAAGACCACGAGCUACCUCAUCAGUUACAGCAGCGCCCUGGGGCCGCUGGCCGGCUUCGCCCUGGGGCCCAUCCUGCGGCUGUACAAGCACAACUCCCACACAGUGCUGCUGCACUCCAGCGCGCUCACCUGCACCCUGCUGCUGCUCUACUCCACCGCCCACACCAUGGGCGUGGUGGUCCUCUCCUCCACGCUCCUGUCCUUCUCCACCAGCAUCGGCAGGACGUGCAUCACCGACCUCCAGCUGACCAUGGGCGGGGCCCAGGCCAGCGGCACCCUCAUUGGCAUGGGGCAGUCGGUGACAGCCGUGGGCCGCAUCAUCGCCCCUCUCCUCUCGGGGGUGGCCCAGGAGGUCAGCCCUUGUGGUCCCCCUAUUCUAGGGGCAGCUUUAGCCUUGGUGGCUAUUUUCAUAAUGUCACUAAACAAAUCUCGUGCUGGAGGUGGAGGAAGUGGUAAAUUAAAACGUGAAUAGGGUGGAUCUGGACCACACGAAGAAGCAGAGUGGCGUCUGUGAGUCGGGAACAAAGGCCAUCAUUAAGGGCUCUUCAGAGAGGGGGCUGGUGUGAGUGAGCCUUAUUUCCUGGUGGGUGGCUCUGCUGUUGGGCUCCCAGAUGGGCCCCGGGCUGUGCAGCAUGCCGGAGUCAAACAGAAGUCACAGUGGAAGGCAGGAGAGUUAAGAUUGGAGGGACCCUUUGCCUGGGGGCCAGAUGCAGUGUUUACCUCUUCUCAUCUGGGUCCACGAGGUUAAAUUUCUCCUGAGCUAAAAACUACCAGCUCAAGAGAAGGAAAUGAUGGUAGAAGAACAGAACAUGGUGAGUGAUAGUGAGGAAACCACAAUCUUCUCCUCGCUGAGCAGUGCAGGACAGCCUGCAGUCACAUGCCGACCACCUGGAACACGGGCUUCCUGGUAGAUUCCAUACGCCAAGGGGGAGCUUUGCUGCUAUCAAAAUCCUAGAGGUUGAAGAAGCUGCUUUAUUAAAACCAGCCUUUCACUUCCCCAGAGUUGAUUAAAACCCAGAUGCUGACCUUACCCCUGGACAGACCCUAUGGCUCGAUGAGACUGAGAGAUCUGCAGUCUUCAAUGCCAUUGUGAUGUCUCGUGCAGUUAGAUGAAGGAUCACACUGAGACAUACUGUCUUUCAUUAAAGUAAAAGCCUGAGACCCAGAUGUUUUUAUCAAUGGCUAAUUAAGUUUUGACUGUUAAAACUGUAAUCACCAGGUGUUACACUCUGACAUGUGUUCCCACCUGACAGCAAAUGUACUCUAUGAUAGGAGGAACAGGUUCUGCAACCUGCUCCCUGUCUUCAUUGGGACUAAAUCCCCUGGACUUCAGCCAUGACAAUCUGCUCCUAGAAGCCUUUGUCCCAGUCACAUUAUGUCAUUCUGGUGCUGCUAGGCGGUGAAAUCAAAGUACUUGAAUGCAUUUAAGAUGAAUGUCUCAUGCAGAGUAAGGGCCAGGUGUCAUGCUAUAUUGGAGGAACUUGAUUCCAUGGGGUUUGUAUUAAAAAUCAUUUCCUGUAUUUCAGUUCAGUUCUAUUCCCAGGAAGAGCCUGUUGACCUACAGGGAAGUGUUCUGGUGUGUCUUUACCUGGGCCCUCUCUAAACUGCUAUUAGUUAGCACCGUUCAAGGGGUCAGGAAAGGGACCCUGAGCGAGAACUGAGCACACUUGCAGGAAAGGCACGCGGUGGGCAGGCUACCCAGUGUAGUUACAUUGGUUCCUAAUGAAAAUCACUGGGGGGGCCCCACUUUUCUUCAUACUGCCAAAGUUCACAUUCCUUUUAAUCCUUUUAAAUAGUCCACUAGGAUAUUAUUCCUAUUUUGAACCUAACACAUGUAAUUAUAAACAAUAUGUUAAUACACUAAUUUUUCAUAACUUGAAUAUUUAUUGUUUGUAAACUGGAAAAAUAUUUUCCAUAGUUUCAGAAAUUUUGAAUGGCGUGACCCUAAAUAUUUAUAGCAAUUGAAAAUAUGUUUUAGUUUGAAGAUUGUCCUUUCUCUUACCUGGCUUCAAGAAAAAUCACUUUUCAUUAGGUGUUAAAAUGGUAACACAAGAGCUAAGUGCUUUUGAGACCAAAAUAUAUGUGAAAUGUCCUUGCCCUUAAGGAGCAUACUAAAUGUCAUGGAGAUUAGACUAAUGGGACAAUAAAUAAUAAUAAGGGUUUAUGUAAUGAAGUGUAAUUCACAAGGAUUUCUCCAAAAGAUUAGCUUUUCUUCAUUCUCAGAAAUGUGAGUUUCUUAAAAGCUCUUAAAUACAGCCAUUUAUUUUUUAAUUUUUUAAAUUAUAGCACUUUAUUUUGAAGUUAACCAAAACCUAAAACUUAAUGAGGCUUUAUAACUAAUCAGAUACAUGAAAAUAUUGACAACCAAAGAUUGGUCUUACUCUACAGAAUAGAGAAAUGUUGUUAUUCUCUGCUGGUGAUUUGAGUUUUUGUUAAGCUCAUUUUUUUCCCCCUAGAAAACAUUUCCUCCCAGUUCCUCUUACAUAGUCUAGCAUCUUGUUGUUCAAAGUGUAGUCCGGAAAUUGGCUGCCUCCUCAUCUCUGGGAGUUUAUUAGACAUGAAGAUGCUGAGGUCCCAGCACAGACCUCCCAGGGACCAUUUUGACAAGAUACCUAGCUGAUUUGUUUGCACAGUAAAAUUUGAAAACCAGUGGUGUAAUGAACACUUUUUAUAUUGUUUACGGAAUAUGAAUCUCAGGGAUAUUAAAUCUGUUCAACUAACAUUCAUGUUGUUGUUUAAAUUUCCUUGGGUAACUUCCAUAAUCCUCUCUAAAAUAUCAGUUUGGGUCACAAGAAAUUUUUUUUGUAAGUCAAAAAUAUUUUCCUUUGGUUCAACUUAUAAUUUUCUAUGGAAUCAUAGAGAUAUUAAACUUGCCUGGGUGUUUAUGAAGGAAGCAGAGACCUUUCCAACAUUAUGCUGCGGAGGAUGGCUUGGAGCUUGGAGUUCCAGCAGACAUGGCCUAGUGAGAGACAGGAAGCCGGGUGCUAUAAUCCCAGCAUCUUGGGAGGCUGAGGCAGGAGGAUCCCGAGUUCAAAGCUAGUCUUAGCAACUUUGUGAGGCCCUAAGCAACUCAGCAAGACCCUGUCUCUAAAUAAAAUACACACACACACACACACAAAAAAAGCCUGGGGAUGUGGCUCAGGGGUUAUGCACACCAGGGUUCAAGCUCUGGUUCAAGCUGUGGUUAGAAAAGAAAAAAAAGGAGCAGGGUGUUCUUGCUGCCUUGGGUGGCCUAGACAAGAAAGUGUGCAAGAGUCAUGCCUGGAGCCCAGAGAAGGGGUUGAAACCGCUGCUUCUCUGGCCUGGCUGCAUGCCCUGGCCUGUGGGAACCAGAUUCCUGGGCAGGAGGGCCCUCAGGGCCAUUCCAGGUGGUGCUCCGAGGCCGCCCAAGUGUCUGGUCUGGGCAGAGCUCUAGGCAGAGUUAAAGAGGCUGGUGGCUGAGUCUCCAUUAACCUGCAGAGAACAUGCGUGGGCAUUUAUAGGAACUUGUUCUCUGGAACACUGAAGAUGUUUAAAAGACUGGCGUCUUUUCCUGAGGACUCUUUUAUGAAAGAUUUAGAAACUUACCAGGAGUGAGAGUCAGGCUAGGCUCGGGAAUAUUUCAGGAAUUUGGGCAGCUUCAUUCAGAAAACAGCAGUAAAAACCUCAUCAGGGCGAUUCUUCACACCCAGUUCCUUCCAAGCUAACUUCAAUAUGCUUUUAAGAAGUUUUUGAAAUGAGUGACUCCAAAUCUAUGAUGAUGUAACUCUUCUUAAAACAGGGUAAUAAGUUGAAAAAUCAGUUAAGCCCAAUUCUCUUUUCCUGAAGAGCAUGCCAGUUAUAUAAUUUUGCCAAUAAAAUCCCUUUAAAAUUGUAAUUAAAUACUAUUAUAAUAAAUUGUAUUUUUAGAAGUCA